AUGGCAUACACCUACCCACACGCCGGUGCCCCUCCCAGCUGGGGUGCAAACACGCAGAUCCCACCCACCCCACCAUUCUCUCCGCCUAUCGCUCAUCCGACGCCAGCCGUCGACGCAGCGGCCCUAACCGCUCAGAACCAGCCCGCGUACCAGGCACCACAGUUUGCGCCGCCUCCACCCCCGCCGCCGAAGCAGAGCGGAGGGGUCUUGAAGACGUUGAACUUCUUCAGCAGCAAGCCGAGCUAUCAGCAAUCCACCCAUACAGGCGAGGGAUGUCUGUCGAAUCCAACCAGUCCCACGUUUUAUCCGCCUGUGCGGACACAGACUACGGGGACAACUUAUGGUGUUACCGAGGGGCAGAACUAUGGCGGUGGUGCAACGGUGGUACCACAGCAACAGGUUUAUAAUCCGCCGCAGCCGCAACUGCAAACUCAACCUCAACCGCAGCCGCAGAUAGUCGGGACCUAUCAUAGCGGACAAGGAACAGUGCCUGUGUCGCCAGUAUAUACUCAGCCUGCAACAUCGUUCCCGCAGCAGCAGCAAAACCAAGUGCCACUAUAUCAACCCCAAUCCCAGCAACAGCAGCCUCAACAGCAAUACAAUGACCCACAAAAUAACAACAAUGGGGUGGUGUCUCCGCCGGCCUAUUCACCCGCCUGGGCUGAGAAACCGCAGCAGCCGCAGCAAUCAUAUAUGGUUGGAGGAAAGAUCUAUAACCCGGGAGCCAAUAAUGGAGCGGGCCCUGAAAAAAUACCAUUGCAACAUCCGCAGACAUGGCCCUCGGAGAAGCCACAAACACAAGGGAACAACUAUAAUCAGGUCAAUAAUAAUCCGAAUAUGGGGCAGACUCAGAGUCCGCACAAUCAAAAUCCAAACAAUCCGGGCCAACAUCCCGCACAUGCAAACAACGCAGCUUCGCCCUCCAACCAACAAACCGCAUAUAAUCACAGUGCAAGCCCAGUCCACGGUGCAAAUAACAUAAAUUCGUCUCCCUCGCAUACUAAGCCACCACCUGCCGCUGCCACAAAACCUAGUCAAGCAACUGCGAGGCCUGUUCAGGGGUAUUGCACGUUGCAUAAACAAAGAAUGCAGUAUAGACUCCACACCAACAUGCGUCCUCUCCCCGCAAAGAUGAGCAUGUACUAUGGAAUCAGCCCCUCUUACAGCUCCCGCGAGUCCCAGUUUUUCGCCCGCUCACAACGCGCCCCCAAGGCACUCGUAACUCUUUAUAACGCCCUCUCAACAGAGUACCUCCUCAUCCCUGCGCCGCCUGGCGACGGACGCCUGAAACCCCACACUCCCGCACUGACCAUUGCCGGCUUCGAGCAUUGGCUGCUCCUUAAUGCGCUGAUCAACCCGGAUGCGGAGCACGCGCGCAUUUCUGCCUUUCUUUCAAAGCCUGGUAGGGUCAUCGUUGAUGAUGAAGGAAGGACCGUGCCUGCGAGUGGGUUUCCGCGGCAGGCGCUGCCGGGGGGCCCCGAUGCGUGGAUUGUAGGAAAGUACAGAGGUCCUUUGGAGACGGCGUUUGGCAGUAAAAGCGCCGGGGAUGAAGUAUCAGAGGAGGAGGGAUGGAGGGCGGAGAUGGAGGCAUGGAGGAAGAAGGUGUGGGAGGGUAAAGGGGAGUUGGAAGAAAGCCAGAAAGAGCUCGAGGAGAAGGAUGAGGAGUUAGAGGAGUGUAAAGAGGAGUUAGAAGGUGCCCAGGAGGAAUUGAAGGGAUGUCGUGGGGAGCUGGAGAAAACCCAGGAGGAGCUGAAAAAACGUAGUGCAGAGCUCGAAAGCAUGAAGGCAGCGCUAGCAGAGAGCGUAAAGAGGGCCGAUGAUGCAGUGUCUAAGUUGGCGGGCUUUAUGAGCGCACAACAGCAGCAGCAGCAACAGCAGCAACAGCAGCAGCAGCAACAGCAGCAACAGCAGCAGCAGCAACAGCAGCAGCAGCAGCAGCAGCAGCAGCAACAGCAACAGCAACAGCAGCAGCAGCAGUACCAGCAGCGGCCAAACCCAGGUAUUCCACACCCAGGUACGCCAUCAUACGCGCCAUACCAGGGGCCUCCAUCCCAAGCGCCCCAAUACCCCCAAAACCCACAGAAUCCUCCAUACCCGCCAAACACCCAAGCACCCCAGUUCUCUCAUAACCCCCUAGCCCCACAACCACCACGCUCCACGCCGACCCCGCAAAGUCCACAGAACCCCCAGCAACAGCACUAUCCACAGCCCGGAUACCCGAUUCACAGCAAUACAUGGUCGACACAAUCCUCAGGUACUACAUCGCCCCAUGAAGACCCGGCGCGGAGGAUGUCCGCAUCAUCAACGUGGGGGCAGCAGGGCCCGCCUCCUCAAGGCCAGGGCCAAGGUCAACCUCAGGGCCAAGGUCAGGGACAGGGCCAGGGCCAGGCUCCGGGCCAAAAUCGGAGAAUUUCACAAACAUACGUCAAGGCGCAGUAUCAGCCUGUGAGAAAGUGA